UUACAGCUGUUCGCGCUUUUUCAUUUCAAUUUACAGUUUGAACACACAAAUGACAAAAGCCGUAAAACAAAGCGGCAUAAUACGCUUAAAAGCCAGGAUAUGCGAUCUGGAGCGUACCCUACUGGGCGGGCAAAGUUUUCGCUGGCGCAAAUUGUGCGCUGAGCCCAAAGUCAAAUAUUGCGGCGUCGCCUUGAACACCUACUGGGUGCUGCGGCCCGAGGACGAGCAUAUUGUUUAUGAAGCACAUGCAGCGGGCACCCAACGUGAACACAAUUUCGGCUCAUUGUUGAGCGACUAUCUGCGGGCCGAUUUCGACUUGGAGUCGGAGCAGGCCGGCUGGAUGCAAGCGGAUGAGCAUUUUGGCAAAUUUGUGGGCAAGCCGGUGCGCAUGCUGUCACAGGAGCCGCUGGAGAACAUUGUUUGCUUCAUGUGCAGCCAAAACAACAAUAUAAAACGGAUAUCCGCCAUGAUUCAAUGGUUUUGCGCCGCCUACGGACACAAAAUUGGACACUUUCAUGGGCAGGAUGAGUACACGUUUCCCACACUCAAAGCGCUCAGCGAACGCAGCUGCAGCGAGCUGGAUGCGGAGCUGCGUGCCGCCAAGUUUGGCUAUCGUGCCAAGUUCAUAGCCCGUUCGCUGUCGCAGAUUCAGGCGCUUGGCGGCAAUGACUGGUUCGAGCAGCUGCGUCAGUUGCCCUACGCUGAGGCGCGCGAGGCUUUGGUACAGCUGCCCGGCAUUGGCUACAAGGUGGCCGAUUGCAUCUGCCUCAUGUCGCUGGGCCAUCUGGAGGCGGUGCCCAUUGAUACGCACAUUUUUAAGCUAGCGCAGCGCCAUUACCUGCCCCACCUGGCCACCCAGAAGAGCGUGACCAGCAAAAUCUAUGCUGAGGUGGCGCAGCAUUUUCAGCAGCUGCAUGGCAAAUACGCCGGCUGGGCGCAAACGGUUCUAUUCUGUGCGGACUUGCCGCAGUUUCAGGAUAGGUCCCAACAAGAAGCCAAGCCUAAGAAGCGCAAAAAAUGAUUCAAUUAGAUUUUGUUUUAUGUACAUUAUGUGUAUGUAUAUAUUCCUACAUACAAACGUGUCCGUCAUCCCACAUAGAUAUUUAUGUUAUUUUUAGCCAAAAUUAUCCCUGUGUGUACUCUAACCCGUC